AGAUCGCAGGACCGCCCCCUGCUGUUACCACUCCGCACGUUUAAUAAUAUUAUCGUAAUAUUUAUCAGAGUCAAGCAAUAUGCCAAAAUAAUUCCUCGUUCUGUAACAUUUGGGGAUAUUAGGGUAACCCUCGUUUAUAAAUCCAGUAUUUCGCUCUUUAAUCGUGCUGAAGCUCCAUCGUUAUGACUGUGGGAUGCUUUGGGCUGCCUUGUUCUGUGCAUUACCCCAACCACCCGUGCGGUGAUGGCGAGGAAACCCCGUUGACAAGGCACUGCUUUUUCAUGACGGAAAUAAAGGGUGUUCAAUGACUGAUUCCAUGCUCCCUGCCAGAAUACUGUGUCAUGGAUGAUGAGGACGACCGCCGUCUUCUGGAUAUUAUAGGAGAUGUCGAUGCAUUGAACGACUAUCUUCAUGGCUGCAAGUCUAUCGAAGAGGAUGACGUGACAAAUGCAGCCUACGGAUCGGAUGGUUCUUUCUUCGCUGGCAACACUGCUGGCUCGAACGCUGGCAUCAAAGAUGACUCCUCCGCCAUGGGCGAGUUUGGCCCGGACGCGGGCGAAGGCCUGCAGCUCUCCAGCAGCCUGUCGUUCAUCGAGGAGGAGCUCGGCCCCGGCCGCUCCCCCGGGGCCGAGGACCUCGGGGGAGAGGACCAGCCCUUCGACAUCCUCCAGAAGUCCCUCAUGGAGGCGGACAUCACGGAGCAGACGCUGGCUCAGGAGGCCCUGCUGGACUCCCAGCCGGCGCCCUCCCCGGUCCAGGCGCCGGCCGCUCCCUUCCCCUCCCAGCUGGUCUCUGGGGGCUACGGCGGGGCGCUGGGGUCGGCCACCACCGCCACCACCGCGUCCGUGUUCCCCGCCAACCAGUUCAUUCAAGGGGUGUCCCAGUUGCCCAACGGCUCGGCCCAGCACAUCCAGGUGUUGGGCUCCUUCAGCAGCGGCGGCGGCGGGGUGAUGACCCUCAGCAGUCUGGACCGAUCCCCCCAGAUCGUGCUGAGGCAGGGGGCCCCUGCAGGGGCCACGGCAGGGGGGCAAGUGUUUGCCCCGACCCAGGCGCAGGUGGGCCUGCCGUUCAAGAACAUCCCCAUGCAAAACAUUAUCAUCCAGAGAGGCCCAGGCGGGGCCCAGACUAUUGUCAGACCGAUCCAGCCCAAACCCCUCGCAGCUGGGACCCAGGCUGUGUACAGCCUGGGUCUUCAGAGCACCCCCAGCACCAUGGCUAGCAUAGUGAACGCCAAUGCUGCUGGUUCGGGGGCACAUUACACAGCCAAUGGCUCCAUUGUGGUGCACUCUCCUCAGCAGCAAACGCAGGGCCAAACCAACAUCCCAAGCGGGCAGUUCUUACUGCCCAGCUCUCUGUCGCUCGCUCCUUCCAACUCGAACUCCGGCCCGUCCGACGGGAACACACUCGUAUCCAAUCAGAACACAGUGCAGAUAGUCACCGGACAGAACUUCACGGCCACCCCCGGCGGCCACCUCAUUGUGAAUCAGGUUAGCACUGGUCAUGUGGGCGGUGCGGUGACUCAAACGUGGACAAGUUUCACGGACACCAACACAGUGCAAACGUCGUCUACUUCAGCAAGGCUAACCCUGGUUGGCCCGCCGACGACUGAGGUCGGAGGUCAAGUGUCAGCUGGCUCUGUACAUCGCCUCCUGGUGACCCAGACGCCCAGCGGCACUGCUCUGUCCCAUUUGCCCGGUACUGAUGCUACUGUAAACGACCAACUAGAAUACAGACAGGAUUCCCAAUCACCUGGCCUCAAACAGGAUCCUCGACAGCCAAAGCUGCUCAACCUCCAUGCUGUGAAUACCAUGAUGACAAACCAAGAUUCAACGCUAAACGUACAGGUCAACGCACAGAAAAGGCCUGCUUUUCCACCACUUAGCAAAGGAGGAAUGGUUAUUCAGCGUCUGAGGAACGACCACGCCGGCGUCGACACCCCGGACCUCCGGCGCUACGCCUCAUUGGACGACGCGCUGCACAGACUCCUCCCCUACCACGUGUUCCAGGGGACUCCGCCCAGCAUCCAUGAGUUCUCCCAUGUGGAUGAGGAAUUUGAGACUGUGGCCACUCAGGUACUAAAGAGAACUCACGUCAUGGUGAACAAAUACAGACGACUAUUAAUGGUGGAGGCGGAGCGUACCUGUCCCUCGUCAGAAAUGGUGAUGAUUGACCGGACCUUCAACCAAGAAGAGCGCACCUAUCUGACGCAGGACAAACGCAUGGUGCUCGUGGACCCAGACGGAUUCUUUGAGGACUUCUGCUGCGGAACGCGGGCCAGCGCCGUCCCGGAACCCUGCCCCUCUCCGUCCCCGUCCAGCCCCGGUUGGAGACAGACGGGUAGAGACUCCACCCAGUCCCCUUACAGGACAGACCGCCAGCCGGGGUACGGAGACCCCGGCGGGGGGAGUGGAGGUGUCGGCGGGCCCCCUCUGGCGCCGCCGCCGCCGCACCUGGAGGGCAGGGGCGUGGCGGACAUGAAACGGACCCAGCAGCAGCAGCACUACGGGGCCAGCGCCCCCAGCAACGACAGCCUCAAUGCCACGAGUCAUUAUCCCCUCGCUAACCCCUCCUCCGCCGCGGUGGGGGACACGCCUGCUGGGCCCACCCAGUACCAGCCCUCCAAUCCCACCCAGUUCCCCCACCAGCAGUCCCCCUCGCCCCCCGACACAGACUCUGUUCUGGAGGCGGCCGUCAACAGCAUUCUGGAAUGUUAAGUUUGGCGUGUUUCUGAAAUCCACCCCCCGGUGGGACUCAGUGUGGUUCUGUUUUAACUUUUCUUUGUCACUUUAUAGUCCCAAAAUGUUUUUGGCGGUAAAACCGGCGACAUGACUGAGUGAGCGACACUUUUUUAAGGAAAUAGCAAAAAAAAAUGAACUUGCAAUGAAAAACCCUAUUAUCUAAUGUAGCAGGCUUUUCUGUUGUUGUGUCAGUUAACUACAGGCUUUUGUAGAGGGUUGUAGUGAAUCUGUGAAUUCUUCUGGUGCCAGUAAGAACCACCUCGAUGCACUCAGACUUAGAAUAAAGGGGAAGCUUUUGAGAUCUAUGGGUUUAAAAGGGGAAAUAUCAACAAAUAAUUUGAAUCUUUAAAGAAUCAAGAUUCCUGGUCUCCUAGAGUAGCCCUCUUCCCCAUACACGUCUUCACUAGUUGUGCCAGCACCCAACUAGCUAUGCUAAGAGGAUAGGGAUAGAUGGAAUAAUGACUUUGUGCCUAAGAAGUUCUCGUCGAUCUUUUACAAAAUAACGUUUACAUGAAGAAGCCUUGUUCAAAAAUAGGAUUUGUUUUUUUCACUCUUGCACUCGACAUUACAAACAAGAAAACCUUCACUCUGCCCACAGAUAACGUAUUUUUCACGGCAGUGUUUAUACGGAUCACCCCAAAAUUGAUCUGCAGUGCCAGCAUUGAAAUAAGGCUGUUUUGUCCACCCGGGCAAGCUCAGCCUCAGUUUCACAAUCAUCAGAUGAAGUGGUGAAUGGCAGGAACUGAACAGAGCAUAUCUGGAAAUCAAUCGUUCCUUGAGCCCACCUACUCUCCAGCCUACCACCCCUGGUAAUACCAAACCCACUAUGAACCACAUGUGAAACACCAGUAAGAAUUAGACCCAUUCAUUUGUUGCCUAAUUUCUCUCUUCGUCCUUUAGAAUUUCCAUUUAUUUGGCAUUUUCCUUUUGUACCUCAAAGGUAUGUGCGUCCCCACAUGGACACAUUCCCACUACAAUCAGCUAUGUGCUGCGAGUGUGUCUCAGGGGUGCUACAGCCUCAGAUUGAGGAACAUGUUACACGUGGACACACCCUACCCCUUCGUCCCACUUAGUUUUGGUUCCACUGAGACGCCAGUGUAUUCAAUGGUUUGUGUCCGCAUUUCAGCAUUGUGUAAAUGCUAAUAUAACGGUAAUUUGUUCAGUGGUUCCCUGAAGGUUCAUUGGUUGAUUGAUUGUAUGUACGUUUGAUUUGCCUUCUUCCGGUUGCUAUGUAUUGAUCUGUAUACUCGCACACAUCCAGUUAUGUGAGUGCGUUGCCCCCUUGUUGUAUGUGAUUAUUCAUCUGCAUACAGAGGCUAGUACAUCUUUAUUAAUUUUUUCACACUUCUGUGUUAGCCACCGCGGAUGAUCCACGUCCAUAGCCUCUCUCUCUCGCUCUCUCUCUCUCGCAGCUCAACCAAAAUUAAUUGGAGACAGUCAGGCCUUGUUUGAGGGGUUAUUUUUCGUCUCCAUGUACUGGUGACAGCAGAUGUGGGACUUCAGUUUGACAAAAACGGGGGCAGUAGAACUGUCGACAUUCCCAAACAGCAUUUUGUUGUUUUGUUCAUCGCCCAAAGCGUAAACAAAAUUGUUUUGGGCCAAAGAGUUUUAGGUGUAGGUUUUAUGGUAAAAAGUAAAUCUUAUUCGGAUUCAAAUUUUCAAUUUCAGUCCUAUUUAUGUAUGCAUUUUGAUAUUGGAUAACAGAUACAUGACUUGAAGGAAGCAUGUGUUGAACAAGGAAUGGAUUUUUUUUUCCAGUUGCCACGGGGACCACAUUGCAGAUCAAAGCUGUUUGAUAAAUGCUCCUUUUGACUUCUGCAUAGUACAACUCAUUGUCCACUGGUGUGUGUGUAAAACACGCUCCUAUGUGGUGAAUGGGAGCAGACUAAAAGGCCUUCCGAUGAGUGUUGAGUGCCAACAGCCAUUGGAGCCCCCCUAGACCACACCCCCCAGAGACAGAUGACCAAUCACAUUCAUUAUUUUUUGAACCACAAUUCAUUAGCUGAAUUUCCUCCUAAAAUGGUAACCUAAUUAAUUGCGUCGCUGUAGUUUCAUGAAAAUGAAUCAGUUCUCUCUAACAAUGAAUAGUGGGGAGAAAAGGGGGUCAAACAGUAGACAUGGGUGUCCGUGGGCCUUGGAUUGUACUGGGCUUUACCGAUCCGUUCCAGACGGUUAUUUCGCUUCUUUUAAAUCCUUGUCCCUAUAGUCACUGCUGUUUUUUUUGUAUGUAUCACUUGAUUUGUAAAUUUGUUUUGUAUAAAAAGGAAAAGUGAAACAAAAUAUUUAUAAUUUUUGUAAGGAGAAAAAAGUCAAAAAAUAGAAAAUUGAAGUUAUUUUUUAUUAAGUUGCCUAAGAAGUUUUGUCAGGAAAUCAUUUAAAAAGGACUGUCUGUUCUUCAUUUGUAGCUAAUAUGUGUUCACUACAACAACAAAGAAAGUCGAUAAUAAAUUGAUUUUGAAUACAAACAUAAAAA